AUGGCAGAGUCAAGCGUGGAACCACGGAAAGAGGAUGACACAGACAGGAUUAGUAGUUUACCGGACUGGGUUAUAAAGUUGGAAUACGACGUAAGAAAAGCUUCGGAUUGCACUACAGGCCCCAAGAUGAGCCAACAAGCAAAAGUGAAGUUGCCUGGGACAACAAGAAAUAGUGAUGCUGACUGUCUUUUAUGUUUUGCUGAAAAUGUUGGUCCUGAAAAUGCUUACUUUGCUGAAUUAGCUGGAGCAAUGAGAGCUAUAGACAUAGCCUACCAGAACAAUUGGAUGAACUUGUGGCUAGAGCUUGAUUAUGCUUUGGUGGUAAAUGCCUUCAAAAACAAUUCUGAGGUUCCUUGGAAGCUAAGAAACAGGUGGAACAACUACAUCAACAAAACCAAGUCAAUGACCUUCAUUGCCUCACAUGUGUUUAGAGAAGGAUGA